AUGGCACUGCCCUUGCAAGACGUGCUCGAUUUUGCGAUUGAUCUUGCCAAGCAAGCUGGUGAGGCGAUUGUCAAAGGCUCUGAAACGCGCUUUGAGAAAGCAGCGGGCUUUGAGGAAAAGAAGAACACGGCGGACCUCGUCACGGAGACGGACCAGCACACGGAGAAGCUUGUGUGCCAAGCCAUUCGCGAAAAGUACCCUGACCACAAGUUUAUCGGCGAAGAGAGCUGGGCAGCUGGUGAGCAGGCGGCUAUAACGAAUGAGCCUACCUGGAUCAUUGAUCCCAUUGACGGCACGACCAACUUUGUCAAGGGAUUCCCCUUUGUGUGUAUUUCCAUCGGGUUCGUGUACCAUGGAGAACCCACCAUCGGUGUGAUCUAUGCACCAUUCCUGGGGUACUUGUACGCCGCCCGCAAGGGCCACGGCGCAUUUAUCACGACGCCCCUGCACCCUCAGCGCCGCUCCUUGCCCUUGACCCAGCCCGCACCACUGCCCUCGUUCAAGCAGGCCCUUGUUGCGUUUGAGUGGGGCUCGGAUCGCUCUGCAGAGAUUAUGGAGAAAAAGACGCGCUCAUUCCAGCGCCUGGUGGGCGAUCGCGACAGCGGUGUGCCCGGCGGUGAAAUGGCCCUCGGCGUGCGCUCCAUGGGCUCCGCCGCUCUCAAUUUCGCUCAUGUGGCUAUGGGCACGCUCGAUGCCUACUGGGAAAUCGGAUGCUGGGCAUGGGAUGUAUGUGCAGGCGUUGUCAUCGCGCGUGAAGCUGGGUGCCUCGUACUGGGCUCUCAAGCUCAUGCAGCGCACGCGCUCGAUGGCCCCGUGUAUCCGCCCCCGACGACGCCUGACGUGCUGACAGGCCGCAAAUAUCUCGUUGUGCGUGCCAUUGGUGACAGUCCGCAUGAAUCUGGUGUCGAUGCGCAGAAGCGCAUCGCUCGUACGUUCUAUGGUGCCGUAGAAGAGUGGGAUCUGUAG